AGUACGUUUUGACUAAUGGAAGGCAAACUUAGCAUUCAAUCAGUAGUUGAUAAUUUAUUGCAUAUUAAAAUUUCUUUUGUUUGUUCUGUCUCAAAAUCCGUAUAAAAGCUCGACAUAAUUGUGAUCAAAUCAGUUUGGGUUGCAAUCUUUAACAGAUACUACGGCCAAAAUGAUUUCCACUUUCGCGCUCUUCGUUUUAAGCAUACUGCAUGCUCAUGCUGUUCCGCAAGGUGCACCAAUUCCUCAGAAUUAUAAUAAUCCACCACCAGACGUACCUCCAACUUCAUACCCUCCCGCAGCAGCAUCAACUGACACUCCAUUAGCAUAUCAAGGGUAUCCACACAACUUCUACCCCGGGAAUACACCUAGAACUCCCCCGUUCUACCUUGGCUAUAGUUACAACUACGGAUCUGGAUUUGGCUCUGGCUCCGCUUCAGCUAGUGGAAACACAUUAGAAACUAGAGCUGGCUCUGGUUCAGAAUCACGCUCAGACUCACGAUCAUGCUUAGGCCCAGGAUCAUGCUCAGGCGCAGGAUCAGGCUUAGGCUUAGGAUCAUGCAAAGGCACAGGAUCAUGCUCAGUUAUCGAACCAGUCAUCCCCUGA